CAGUAUGCUCAUAAACAUUCCUUUAUUUCCUGAGGAAAUGAUGCAGGUCUAACAUUGCGAGUACCAUUAUAUCGCGGGGCUUAGGGCGCUUCUUCAAAGAAGUUUCUGCAUCUGCCAGCUAGCCAGGCAGGGACCAUAGUAACUUUGUUAGGUAAGUUGGCCCAAGUUAGAUUUUAACAUAGAUAUAGAAGUCUAGGCCCAUAUUCUUAUGUCAACUAAUUAACUCAGUACUAAAGUUAUAGGGAGCCAAAAAUUCAAAAAUCAAGUAAAUAUUGUAUAUUUCUUAACUGUUUACUACUUUGUAUCCUUGUGCUUUAUGCUACUUCAGUUAUCAUGCCCAAACAAUUAUGUACAAGUGCAUAAAUUUCAAUUUUCGAUGUUUUUAUUAGUCUAGAAUAAAUCUAAGACCCUAGUAAUAGUAUUACAGUAUUUAGAAAAAAAAAGAAAUACCAGUGGUGGUAAUCUAACCAACAGAGUUUGGAAAAAUCCAAUAUAAUGACCACCCCUUGAAAUGCUUGUAAAUAUAUGUUUAAAGGUCAAGUACACCCAAGAAAAAUGUUGAUCUGAAUAAAUAAGAAAACUAAACUUGAUCAACUGAACCAACUAAUGUCAGUGAACUUUUCAGUGCAUUGUGCUUGGUUGAUUUUUCUCUCUUAAUUCAAAUCAACUUUCUCUUGGGAUGGACUUGCUAAAUUGCAAAUUGGGUGUGAAUGCUAAGAAAUUCAAUCCAAACUUUGGGAUUUUCCAAGCAAGUAAUAUUUCAUUAUAUUAGUCCGAUGCUGCAUGCCUUUCUGUCUUUAUCAUAAUCACAUCAUAAUUGCAUGUUGUCAGUUUUCAGCCAAGAUUUAUCACAAAGAUGAGUUUACGGUAAAUUGUUAAAAGGUUUAACAAAAUGAUGAUUUUUCACCAGUCAUGUAUUCAUACUGCAUUAUUUAGCUCACUUUUUCUUAUAACCAAAGAUUUAAUUUCAAUGCUUGUGAACUUCUGAAUCCAAUAAAUAAAUUAAAAUGUCAUUCCAAUUAGCAACCUAUGUGACUUUCCAUUCUCAUUUUCCCUAUCAAUUAACCCAAAUAUUUUCAAACUCUUGUUUCUUUGUUUUCCAUCUUUUACAUAUGCUGUGCAUUUUGAAAUCUGUUGGACACUUUUGAUGGCUGCCUGUUGAGUAUGAGUUCCAUAUAAGAAACAAAGGUAGGUGCCCAAUCCAAUGUGCUUGAAGAAGACCAAUAUAUGUCUGUUUUACUAGAUGUCAGAAUCAAAAUUUUAUUAUAAUGCAAUAAACUAUGAGCCAUAUGCAGUAAGAAGAGCAACUUCUUGGAUGCGUGAUGUCAGAUUUUUUGGAAGAUGAGGCAACAAAGAAGUUUGGGUGUAUUUCAAGUUGUACUCAGAGAGUAAGAGCCAGUGGACUGUUUGUUUCAGGAAAGGAGCACACAUCAACACGGACAUGUUUGUAGAGGCUUUCCAUCACACGUUGAAAUACAUUUAUAUGAAGGGUUUCACCAAUCGAAGGGUCGAUAAAUGUAUUAGUCUUCUUGUUCAGUUUGUCCGUGAUCGUUCGUUUGAUAGGUUGAUCAAAUUGGAGAAAGGUAGGAAGUCUCAUCGCAUCAGGAAUAAUGAUAGGCAGCAUAAGGCAAGUCAACAGCUAAGUAUUGAAGCAGUUUCCAAGGUCAGCGAUUCUAGGUGGAGUGUGCAGUCAUCAGAUGGUCAGCAUUAUUAUCUUGUUGAGAAGGUGGCAGCCUCAUGUUCGCCGAUAUGCCAACUUGCCUGUAAGGCAUGUGGCGUGUGUGUCCAUGGAUUUUCGUGCUCGUGCAUUGACGGAGUUGUCAGGGGUACCCUGUGCAAGCAUGUCCACUUAGUUUGUCGGUCGCUGUUGAGUUCAGAGGAGGCAGAGCCAGCCAUAGAUGAUGAUCCCGAGGCAUGUACAGGUCCCCAAGGUGAUGUGCUUAUUUCGGAAAUUGUCAGGAAUAGAGAACGAUCUCCUCGUGGUCAGCAUUCAAAGGACAGUGUUAUUCGGAAGCUCAAGGAACUUGAUGAUUUGCUAGGUGCCAGUACUGCGUGCAUCGCUUUAGAUGCCGUGUACAAGCACAUUAAUGCUGCAGUUCAGGCGUUGAAGGCUGCUGGUUCUCCUUCUCAGUCGUUUUCUCCGGUUGUAGUCAAUGUCCCUCAACGUGUUACACCUCAGCGACCACAGUUCAAGUCAACGAAGAAGGCUCGCAGCUCCAGUAGAGUCUCACUUUCAAAGCCUACACAAGAAGGGAGAGAACACGAAGAAGGCUUGCAGCUCCAGUAGAGUCCCACUUUCAAAGCCUACACGAGAGGAGAGAGAACAGAUUGUGUACAGGAUUGAGGAGAAUGAGGUUGUUGUUUCGACAGGAGAUCAUACAUCUACGCAGCAGAUUGCAACCGUCCCUGAUAGUGUGACUCCUCCGAGCAUGACUAGAAAGCAUGUGAAGCAGCUUCGUUAUUUUGUUUCUGCAGAGUGUAUUUCUCGAGUUAAAGAUGGUCAUAGGGUGCAAGAAGAUGAGGUCGAGGUUAUACCAGAGAAUGUUCAGGAUGCUGUGGUUGACAUUUCAAAGGAAGAGUUGACUGAUUUGAAGCAGUUUUUGGAAGAUGAUUCUUGGCUACUGGUAAUGCAAGUGAUGGAUGUCAAGUACAAGCUUUGGAAGUGUCAUCUCUGUCGAGUUGUUCGGUCAACAUUGAACAUGAUCGAAUGUGAGAAAUGUUCAAGGUGGUACCAUUGGAAAUGCUGUUCGUUGAGGAGAGAACCUGAGGGGAUCUGGCUCUGUAACUUUUGCAAGAGCUAGUUCAUCAUCGCAAGUUUCUCUUAAAGAAAAUUCAAUCCCAUUGAUAUUCACUGAAGUUUACCUUAAUUGCACAACACUUUACAUAUGCCUGUCAAACCCAAAGUUGCUCCAGAUCUUGGGGGGGCUUCCAUCAUCCCAAAAAGGAUGAAUGUAAAAAGUGAAUUGAGUACAGUAACUCAACAGUACAAACAAAAGAGAGUCUAAGGAAGAACAUGAAACCCAUCUCAACAAUAAGAAAAUGUUAAGGGAAGAAAAAUACAUUGACAAACAAAAAGCACUGAUGAAGGAUGAAUCAUUCGACUCCUAUACCUUUGAUUUGCAGCAAGUUCUACCUUGCCCCAAAACAAAUGACUUACUGGUGUUUUACAAGAGACAACUCUGUGUACAAUCUAUGCUUGCACAACCAAGGCCCUGGUGAUGGUCACUGCUACAGGUAGAAGGGGGAAGAGGUUCUUUAGAGAUAGGGACAUGCCUGCUCUGCCACCUUCAACAUUUCGGGGGUGUUGGUCAAGUUAAACAAGUGAUGGAUGCAGUGGACAGAACUGAAAUCGGUUUGUGGUUGCAGCAUUACUCUAUGCUGUAAGGACGACAUGUAUCAAGACGAUCGAGCACAAGUUUCUGGAGUCGGGGCACAAAUGGAGGUUGACUCCAAGCAGAAGAACAUUGCCAUCUUCCACCCUGAUCAAUGGGCGGCUGUUGCAGCUAUGGCAAGACAGGUAUGACAACUACAUCAUCAAAAGUUUGUCGACCUGAAGAAGCUGGCUGCAGACAUUCUGCAGAACAGUGCCAAGGAUGUGGAUGGCAACAAAAUCUUCUGGUCUCGAAUGCGCUAUGUCAAGUGUGAGAAGAAAUCUCUCCACCUCACCCAGUUUAGAUAUUCCUUUGAUGAGGAACUUAGUGACAUUUUUCAUACUUAAUUUUCAAUGGAUUAAAAAAAAAGAGAUACACGGUUUUUAGCCAUAAAAAAUGUAAAGACAUCUGACAUUGUAGGAAUAGUACUGUGCGUGUGUAUAAAAGUUUGUAUUAUUGUUAUGAUAAUGUAAGGUAUAUGUUUUCAUAUUUAUGUUGUAUUUACGCAAAAUGAAUGUUUUUACAUAAUAUUUCUUUAAGAAAAUAUAAUUAUUUGCAUACACAUACAGCAGUGACUGGUGAAUCUUUCUUACGUGCUAAAUAAUUAGAUCCAUCUUAAUGAAAUAUAUUCGUGUAAUUUAAUGUAUUAUAUAUUGAAUGAUUGCUCUUUUUAUUAUGUACUCUUUGUAAAAUAUCUUUGUAUGUUCUUAUAUUUUGUAAACAUGUAUAUUUCAGCCACUGGC